CGUCUUUUCCUUCCUGCGCUCCUGCCUCCCCAGUCAAGAAACGUAGAGAGCAGGGCAGGACCCUCGAUCAUCAAGGUGAGAUAGACACAGACGUUACGGGAGACUGUGAAGGAAGCGUGGAUCUACACAGCCUGGCAAAGCAUGAAUGAUUACGAGAACUAUCAUAUUCACACUGUCGGACCAUCGAGACACGACUUAGUCUCGGUGGGUAUGAUCCAACUUUACUACAACGGUAUAUGACAUUGCCAGGAGAGGAAACUGGGACGAGACGACAGGCAACAGGAAUGGAAUGCGAGGUCAACAAGAGCGUAGCUCGGACGCCACGUCUUACGACCCGGUAUGCUGAACUCGUAGCCCACCCUCCCUUUCUUUUCUUGUCGCCGCAUUCUAGACCUCUCCUACUCGCGUUCGGAACCUACCGAGAAGGGACGGCAGCUAUGUCGAACGCUCCCGAUCGAUUCGCCCUCUUCAUUCUCGGAGAGGGAGAAAAGAGAGUAGAGGUGCAGGAGGAGACCCAGAUCGAGAAUGCCGUAUCGGUGAUCUUGAACAAGGAGGAUCACACCAUGGGCAACAUGCUUAGACACGCCGUCCUAGCAGUCCCGGGCGUUCUCUUCUGCGGAUACAAAGUCCCCCACCCUCUCGAGCCCCGUACGCUCCUGCGUAUCCAAACCGAUGGCCGCCUCACACCAAUUCAGGCCCUUCGUACGGGCUGCGAACGCAUCAUCGCCCAGAUCAACCAAGUUCGGUCUAGCUUCCAGACUGAAGUCAGCAUCCGGAUGCCUGGUGGAGCAGGCGUUGGGAACUUGGAGGAUCUCAACGGAGCUCAUGGAGGGGGCGCGGGUGGCUAUGGGUAUGGAGCACAAGGAGGGGAUGGGUACGUGGAUAUCUAGAGGAAUUGGUCAGUGUAGUGUUUUGGAAGCGCCCAGCCAGCGCUGUGUACUAUGUCAUGC